AUGGGUGCCAAAAUUGGUGUCUUCCCUGCCUCUGGGGCCCUUGGAUCAAGCAUUGUGAACCACCUGGUGAAGCUAGUCCCAAAAUAUGACCUAAUUUUGAGUGCCCGACACCCCGAGAAACUGCACGAUCUCAAGCAAGCUGGCGCUACGGUGCGCAGAGCCGACUAUGAUGAGCCAUCAACGUUAGACACAGCCUUCGAGGGCGUGGAUGUUUUGAUGCUCGUUUCAUAUGCGUCAUUCGAGAUAGAUCACAGGGCACACCGUCUUGCUAUAGAUGCAGCCAUCAAGAGCGGCGUCAAGCACAUCUUCUACUCUUCUCUUGGAUUCGGCGGUGAUCUAACCAACCAGACCAUUGCUCAUGUGAUGGGCGCCCACAUCGAAACAGAGAAAUACCUCUUUUCCCUGCAAGACAAGAUAUCUUACACCAUAGUUCGGGAGGGUCUUUACACUGAAUCCUUCCCGAUCUAUACCGCGUACUUUGAUCCGCAGAAUCCAACCGACGACGUGACGAUCCCUCACUCAGGUGCAGGCCCAGGUGUGGCGUGGGUCAAGCGCGAUGAGCUGGGCGAGGCAACCGCUAAGUUGAUUGCCUCGUAUGUUAAUAACCCCACUGGCUUCGAGUAUGUGAACAAAGCUCUUCUGCUCUCUGGGUCUCGGGAGAUCUCCCUUGCGGAGACGGUUGAGAUUAUCGGUCGGGCGAUUGGGAAACCGCUUAAGAUUCGUGAGAUCUCCGUCGAUGAGUAUGUCAAUCUUCCUCAGAUUGGCGAUAAGAAUACAUACAAAGGGGUUAAUCUGUCGAGAGAGUGGGCUACAGCCUGGGAGGCUAUCAGACAGGGUGAGACUGCAGUUGUGUCUCCGACUCUUGGCAAGAUCUUAGGGCGUGAACCGGAGAGUUAUGAAACUACUAUCAAGGCAUUGAUUGGAUGA